AUGACAUCCAUUGCGGAGGGGCUAUUUAAAACUUUACCGAAACCAAAAUACACAGGUGAAGAGGAGGAACUGCCACAACAUGGCCAACGUGGACCGCGCAUCGUCGGGCCCGGCCUCCUAGAUGAGACGCAGGUUGUUCUCCGGAGGACUGGCCCCCCUCCGUAUGGAAACCGAGCAGGAUGGCGUCCUCGAGCACCCGAAGAUUUCGGCGACGGUGGCGCGUUCCCCGAAAUUCUAGUCGCGCAGUACCCCCUAGACAUGGGCCGGAAGGGCACGCAAUCACAAUCAAACGCCCUUGCAGUACAGGUUGAUGCGGAAGGAAAGGUUAAAUACGAUGCUAUUGCGCGACGUGGACACAGCGAUGACCGAAUUGUGCAUGCUUCGUUCAAAGAUUUAAUCCCACUUCGGCAGCGGGUGGAUAUGGGCGAGGUAUCAUUAGAUAGGCCAUCAGAGGAAGAAGUCGAGGAACAGAUGGAGAAGACCAAGAACGCUCUUGCGAGUCUUGUGUCGGGUGCCGUCGCCGCGCAGAAACCUAAAAACGUGAAGGGCGGCAGUCGGGCGGAUCCUACAUUUGUGCGAUACACGCCAGCAAACCAGAUGGGUGAUACAGGUCGGAAGAAUGAUCGGAUUAUGAAGAUUGUUGAGCGCCAGCAGGACCCGAUGGAGCCCCCGAAGUUCAAGCAUAAGAAGAUCCCACGUGGGCCACCAUCGCCGCCUCCGCCGAUUAUGCACUCGCCUCCCAGAAAGCUUACGGCGGAAGAUCAGGAGGCGUGGAAGAUUCCGCCUCCAGUAUCGAACUGGAAAAAUCCUAAGGGUUAUACAGUGCCGUUGGAUAAGCGGUUGGCCGCUGAUGGGCGCGGUCUACAGGAUGUUUCGAUUAACGAUAAGUUUGCUCAGUUUGCGGAGGCUCUGUUUACAGCCGAUAGACAUGCCCGUGAGGAGGUCCGGCUCCGAGCUCAGAUGCAACAGAAGUUGGCAGAGAAGGAGAAGGCACAGAAGGAAGAUCAUCUUCGUGCCCUGGCCCAGAAAGCGCGUGAAGAGAGGACGAGAGGUGGAGAAUCUCGCACAUCUCGCUCUCCUAGCCGUGAUCGCAGUCGCAGUCGCAGUUUCUCCGAUGCUUCAGCUCGGUCCCGGUCCCGCACUCCUGACGAAGAGGAGGACGCUGCACGAGAGCGCGAGCACAUCCGUCGUGAGCGGCGACAGGAUGCAGAGCGCCAAUUGCGUCAAUCACGUAUGGGUACCGAGCGAAGGAUCCAGGCGAUGGCUCGCGAGCAGAACCGUGAUAUUUCAGAAAAGGUUGCUCUUGGUCUAGCAAAGCCAACGCAGUCGUCCGAGACUAUGUGGGAUUCUCGCCUUUUCAACCAGACUAGUGGAAUGAGCACCGGAUUCAACGAAGACAACCCCUACGACAAGCCGCUGUUUGCCGCGCAGGACGCUAUCAACAGCAUCUACCGACCCAAGCCUCAGGCUGACUUCGAGGACGAGGCUGAUGCAGAGGGUGAAAUGAGCAAGCUUCAAAAGUCUAACCGAUUUGAAGUCUUGGGUAAAGCCAAGGAGGGUUUCCGGGGUGCCGCGGAUGCAGAGGAACGAAGUGGACCUGUCCAAUUCGAGAAAGAUUCAGGUGACCCAUUCGGAAUUGAUAACAUGAUUGCGGACGUGACAGGAAGUGGGGGAGCAGGCCAGAAGCGCUACGGAAUCCAGGAAGCGGAGCCUGACACCCGGGGAUCGAAGCGCGCGAGGGUUGAUGAGGAUGAUUGA